AUGUCAAUGAUAUGGUACAAAAUUCUUGUUCCGAUUGAUUUUUGCAACAAAGUUAUUCAAGCAAGAAAUGCAACUUUAGAUGUGGAAGUGGACAACAUAAACCACUUACUGAGACAACUUCUUGAGUUUCGGAAUAAAUGGAAAGAUAUCUGGUCAGAAUCAAAGAAUGUUGCAAUGAAUUUGGAUAUAGAAGUCAAACUAUCAAAAGGACGCGGUGGUGCAAAUCGCAAAAAAGACAGAGUUGUUGGCGAGCCAGAGGAUCAAGUGUUUACAGAUUUAAAUGAAGAUGAGACCAUGGAGGAAUCAUGCUUUAGAAGAUUUGUUUUCUAUGUGGUAUUAAAUAGUGUUAUUGGUGGCCUUACUGUAAGAUUCAAAGCAGCACAAAGCAUUUCCGAUAAGUUUAGCUUCAUGUGGAAUUAUCUCAAUAUUGAUUUGGAUACAUUGGAAAUGAAAGCAAAAUUAUUAAGUGAAGAGUAUUCAGCAGAUGUUAGCGAAGAUAUUGUAAUGAAAAUAAAACAGUUAAAAUCUAUAUAUUAUGCAAAUUUUGGAUCGAAUCAAUUAAGCCCCUUUGAACUCCUAAAUUCAAUUAGUCGAACUAAUUUACAUGGCUUAUUUCCAAAUAUUUGUGUAUGCUUGAGAAUAUUCUUAACAAUUCCUGCUUCAGUUGCAUCCACUUAA